CUUGUUUGAAUUUCAUCUUAAUCUAAAUUCCUCUGCCCUAUCGAGAUCCUGUCGGCUUUUGUUGAACGUAAGAUUGCGAUUUUUCUCCGAUAAAAGACUCGCGAAAGCCUAAUCGGCAUGCCUAACGAUAACGAUUAAAGGGUUGAAAGCGAAAGUGGCAAUACGAAUUAUGAUACACGUGUCGUCUGAGUGCGCGCAAAGGUAUGAUCGGGUGAAGCGCAAAGGCGCGGCUUUCCUCACGAAUUUGUUCAAAUCGAGAAAGCUGGCGAUAGGGAUGAAGAUUAACGAAGACGAGGAGAUGGAACGCGCGCCCAGAGUGGAGACUCCUGCAAUUAUUACCACUGCUUGUCGCCGGUUUGGCUUGGAAAAUGACAACAUGAUGUCGCGAAUUCCGUCGACCUUGAGCGUGACAGCGGUGGAUGUCGUUGUCACCUGUCAGCCGUCACCCUCGCACUCUAUUCUGACCCUGACACCCGGUAGGACGCGUAACAUCGAUCAGGACAUGGAGGCGCUCAGACUUAGUCGUCAGGACAAUCCUUUUCUGCAGGUACUAGCGAGUCGAGAAAGCCUCGUGGAAUCGAUCGAGGAGUCCGAGUCCGACGAUGCGAUUCUCAUGUCACAGGAAUUGGGUGACGCAGAUCCUCUCACACUUGCGCAGGUACACGAGCAUCUGGUACGAAGUCCACCCCCGGCUUCGUGGCCCAAUUCCACGGCUUUUCAGUUUCCCAGCCAAGAUACGAGCACUACGCCGAGCAAGAACGAUACAGCAUUUGCUGUUAAAAGCCCGUCGAAGACGCCAUCACAUCGCGGUAAUGAACAUGAACUCUCUAGGAGUGAACCAUCAACGGAUAUUAGAGAUCGGCACUCUCAUCCUUUUUCGUUGCUCCAUCCAACGCCAAUCCGCUCGUUGUCGGAGGUUCGGCGACUACAUCGAUCAGCCGACGACAGCGUACAGCUCAUGUCGAACGAGUAAAUUUCAUCGGAUUCCGAAUUGGAAUGGUUUUUCGCAACUGGAGGAUAUCGACCCUGCCGAAUAUCCUUCAAAAAUGGUAAACUGCUGACGAAUCUAAGAAAGUUGGCAGUUUGUGCAGACAAGUUCUGAGCAAGAUUUGUCACAAUUGACGAAGUCGCAGAAUAGGAAGUGCAAAGAAUCAUGAAAGAUUCUUGUAUGUUUGAUACUUGGUCAGUUCGGCGCUAUGAUGUGUCCGAGAUGGACAUCACAGGAGGAUUAAUGUUUCAAAAUGCAAGCAUGAUUUUCAAGCGCAAUUAACAUUCAGUCUGGCAUGAAAAUAAGAGCAUGCGGAUGUUGAAGAAAUGAUGAUUUUAUGGUUGCUGUUUACUAAUUAUAAGCUCGAAAGUUCGGUAAGUCAUCGAACUUUCCAAUAUUUCUUCAGUUCUUAUCUUUUUAGUAUUCUUUCAAUUAUCUAAAUAAUUAUCUUUAUGGAAUGUAUAAUAAUUUCGAUUUUCGUUAAUUAACUUUGAUUAGUCUUGUAAUUCAUCAAGUCGAUAGUUUUCAAUAAGUAAACGUAACAGUUUGCAGUUAUAAUAUUACAAUUUUUUCUAAUAUAUAAUUUAUUAGAUAUAGAUUUAUUGUAUUUGCAAUAAUUCUUUUUUUAGAAUUGGAAAAUUUAUACCAUAGGCCUAUUCUUUUUACGAUCAUUCAAUGAAUAAUCGAAAAGCAACAUCGACGUUAUUUUAAUAUUUUUUUAUACUUAAUAUCGCACACAUCUUCUUUAUGAUUUCCAUUUAUAUAUGCGAAUGCGCACGCUCUCGCGAAAGCGUAUAACUAAUAUUAAUUAAUGAUACAAAUGCAGAGAGAGAAAGAGAGAGAGGGAGGGAGAGAAAGAAAAAGAGAGAGAUAUUCUGGAAAAGAUAUUCACUUUAGCUUUUCGAGAGAAUGCGCCAAAUUGAAAGAUUAAAGGAUUUAAAAAUGUGUGGAACUUACAUAUUUCCAGGGUAUUUCGCACACAGGCGAUUUAAAAAAUCAUGCUAUUGCACAUAUAAUUAUUAUAAGAUUUUAUUAUUAUUGUAAGAAAUUAACAAAGAUAUUAUCUCUGCUAAAUCGUCAGCUGAGAGAAUUAGAGGAAUAUUCAUUGAGUUUUUAAAUUCUAAAUUCACGAAAUUCGGAUGGUCUCCAAGGCUUCGUCUCGAAGAGCAACAUAUAAUAUCGUUAUAUAAUAAUCGUUAGAACACGAAGCAUAAUUAUUAAAUUAUUAUUGCAGACGAUAAUAAUCGGAAAAUCUGUUGUUGAUAUGAUAGUUAUUGUUGACGCACAUGUCUGUAAUUAUUCGUGCAAUUUAGAUGUCUAUUUUGUGUAGCUAUUUUUAAAAUUUCAUAUUUACUUAUGACUUUUUCUAUCACUGGAUAUUAAUUGAUUAAACUUGAUUGUUGUUAAGCUAGCAAAGAUAUUUUUGUCGAGCUUUCUAUAUGUAGAAAAAGUUCUUUUUUGUAUAAUAUACAUAUAUAUUAUAUAUUGAAAGAAUUAUGAAAACGAAAUGCAUGAAAAUGUUUUCUUUAUUAGAAUUUAUUUUUAAUAGUAAAUUUUUAAAGAAGGAAAUGAUCCAACUAAUUCACAAGAAAAUUAAUGAUUCCCAAAAAGUAAGUUUAACGCUGACGAUGCGCCAAAUGUACAGGCCUCAAUUAAACAAUUCCUCCAAUUAGAUAAAAUAGACAAAUAUAAUUGUAAGACUAUAUAACUUUUUUAUGGGCAAUGGAAACGCAGAUUUACCAAUAACGAUUUACUUAAACGAUACAUUGAAAGUAAUAUUUCUUUUUACGAUAAAAACCGUCGUCAAUAAAUUCUCAACGAAUCAGAAGCACUUUUGUUUGUUCUCAUGUUUCUAAGAUGAUAAAUUUUCGUAAAUAAAUAAUGUAAACAGAAUCUGACGUGCUCUUUUCAUCACAUUAACUUGUAAAAAUAAUUAUGUAAAACUUAGUAUUUGUAAAACGAAAAAUCAAUUCUUACAAAAUCUUAGAUAUUUGGAACGUUAUUACUGAUACACUUAAAACGUCAAUUAACUUUGCAGAUACCCUCCAAACAUUAUAAAUAUUUGUUUAAUUUAUAUAUAUAUAUUCGCAAUUUCAAUAAUUAAAUAGUAUCUUAAUACAUACAUAGAGCUCGUCAGUUUCUUUUACAAAUUCGUCGAAAAAUAUUUGAUACAAUGAGUUUACAUGAUACAAACGGGUGGCCAACCGAACAUGUGCAACAAAAUUCUAUUUAUCAAAAGUAAUACUAGUAAAUAGUAUUAUUUCCAAGAAAGAGGAUCCUAAUUAAGUAUUAAUUAAAAUUCAUACAUAGUCAUGUAUUCACUCAUGUACAAAAGUCAUGCAAAUCAAUCAUGGUAAUACUUUUAAAUUCAUUAAUAUAAAACAAACAAAUUAUAUUACGAAGAUUAAAAAAUAGGCGAAAUUUCUCUGCAAGGAUACGAAUAUAUUCCAUCUCGGCCACGGUCACUCAGUAACGCCGAUCAGAACGAUCGGCGCAAUUUUAGCAGGGUUUAUAUACAAACUUUGGGAAACUAAUAACGGAGUAACUAUUUAUAGAAAAUUGCUAAUGUCGAAUUAGAGUCCGAUUGACUUGGCCAUUGAGAAUUGAAAUUAUAUUGUACUUGUACUUAGUCUUAUAAGCGUUAGAGUCCUAAAGUAUUUUCACGCUCAGAGUGUGAACACUGAAACGAGUUGAAGAAAACGAGACAGUAGAGAGACGUAUUUAAUCUAGUCAAAUGUAAUGUACGGGUUCUCCACGUGAGGUUCUAUACGUGAUAUCCUAAGCAUGUUCGGAGGGAAAGAGGAAUUUGUUAGGAUUAUUUUGAGAAUAAUGUCGCUUCUAAAGAGCACUUUCGACCGAGUGAAUUUUAGACGGAUAGAGUUUGAGACGCAAAUCACAAAUCGGGUGCUUGGCAGUUUUGUCCUUCGAGCGAUUGAUCUGGGCACAGAGAACACAGUCCUUGAACGGGGAAUUAUCAUUGUCCUUCGAUAUCAUCAAAUGCCGCAAGAUGACUUUAUCUUGUUCCGAUGUAACGGCCUAUGGAAGCGUGCAUUCAUCGAAGACAAUGAACCGUACCGAUGAGACGAUACUUCGCUGAAGCUUCGAGGGUUUCAAGCUGCGCGUGCAUUAGAAUUACAUUCGUGCGAGUGCAUUGCAAAAUGAUUUCAAUCGAGGGAAGAGGAACUUUUGAAUGAACGCGCAGAUUAAUUUGGAACUCAUCGCAAUCCUGUACGACGUACGUCGCGUAUGUGGAAUCGCAAUUACGAUCACGUUUUCCACGUGAGGUUCCAUAACAGUCCACAAAUAGACAGAUGUAUAUAUAUAUAUAUAAACUUUACUGCAACUUUACCUCACAUUAUACCACGCAAUGCAUAAACGUUGAGUCUGUUAUGAUCCCUCAGGUGGGAGUCAAUGUUGUUACGAUAGAGCGACAAACUAAAAAUAUAAAGAGAAUUAGCGGAAUUUAUUUAAAUAAAUGUAUCGAUUCAUUUUAAUUCUAAAAGCUGGAACAUUUGUAACAUUUAUUUUCUUUUAAAUAUGGAAUAAAUGUGUGUCAAGUUUGCAUCACACCAUGAAGAAAA